AUGGAAAGAUCUUUUGACUCAGAGUUGGAUAACUUGGAAGCUGUAAUUAACCAAGCCAAUAAGUCUGAUUUAGAAUUUUUUGAAAUGAUUAAAAUGAGUUCAAAUUCAAGCUUAACUUCUCUCAUAAGUAAAAUCAACUCACAGAAAAGCCUUGUUGAUCAGCUAUGUGAAGCAAAAACGGAAAUUGAAAUAAAACAAAAGCUCGAAGAAGCAAAACAAAUUUUUGCUGGCAACGCUCCAAUAAUAAUCGAAAUUGAAGGACUAUUAAACUCUCUAGGCAUCCAAUCUCUUAAGGAAUUUGCCAAGGACAGCAAGAAUCUUAUUUCAUUACUUCUAAAAAACACUAAGGAAUUAGAAGAAUGACUCGCUGAAACAUUAAAUUUUAUGAAAGAAGAAAGAGAAAAAGCCUUGAGCUAUAAAAAAGAAGAGCUUUUAGCAAAACAAAAUAAUCAAACCUUUCAGGCCGACUUUAUCGCACCACGUCGUGAUAUGAUGGAUGAAAUUAGGAAUCAGGAAGCUAUAAGAAAUAAAGAAUUUAAUGACAAAAUAAACAAAUUAGCAGCAGAAUUUCAAGAUCAGAGAGAACAAAUUAACAUCCAAGGCCAAGAGAUCAACACUUUAAAAAAUUUAUUAGAUGAAAAAAGCUCAGAAAUAAGCACUCUUCAGGAAUCAGUAGAUCAGAAAGCCGCAGAAAUAAUGAAUUUGAAUGCAGGAAUAAUAAGUUUGAAUGUAGAAAUGAAAAAACAGAGUCAAAAGAAAGACGCAGAAAUAAUAAGUUUGAAUGUAGAAAUGAAAAAACAGAGUCAAAAGAAAGACGCAGAAAUAAUAAGUUUGAAUUUAGAAAUGAAAAAACAGAGUCAAAAAAUUGAAAAUACUUAA